AUGACACAACGACUGAACUCAACCAACAACGAGGACUACGACGAGUUAGUGGCCAACGAUGUGGACAACUCUCGUGAAAAGGUGGUCAAAAAAUUGGCCGCACUUUACCGGCAAAUACUGUCGGCCAUCGGUGAGGACCCGGACCGGCAGGGGCUGCAAAAAACACCGCACCGGGCGGCCAACGCUCUCUGGUAUUUCUCGCACGGCUAUAACAUUAAGUUGGAUGAGCUGUUGAAUGGGGCCAUCUUUGAUGAGGAUCACGAUGAAAUGGUAAUCGUUAAAGACAUUGAAUUCUUUUCAAUGUGUGAACACCAUUUGGUGCCCAUCUAUGGUCACGUGUCCAUUGGCUAUCUGCCCAACAAACAGGUGCUCGGCCUCAGCAAACUGGCCCGAGUGGUCGAGAUGUACUCCCGGCGACUUCAGGUUCAGGAAAGGAUGACCCGGCAAAUAGCGGAGGCCAUCACUCAGGCCAUCAAUCCAUGUGGUGUGGGUGUUGUGAUUGAGGCCACUCACAUGUGUAUGAGCAGCCGGGGUGUGCAAAAGGUCCAGAGCAAGACCAUCACGAGCUCAAUGGUGGGCGUAUUUCCUGAAGACAUCGCCGGCAAACAAUUGGUGCUCAAAGACACCAACAAUAACGACGUCGAGCUAACAGAAGACGAGAAGGUGGAAAAGUUGGCCAAACUAUACCGCGAGAUACUCGUCACCAUAGGGGAGGACCCCCAACGAGAGGGUAUACUGAAAACGCCGCACCGGGCGGCCAAAGCUCUCUUAUAUUUCACCCAUGGAUACGAUGUCCAUUUGGAUGAGCUGUUGAAUGGGGCCAUCUUUGAUGAAGAUCACGAUGAAAUGGUUAUCGUUAAAGACAUUGAGUUUUUCUCAAUGUGUGAACACCAUUUGGUGCCCAUCUAUGGUCACGUGUCCAUUGGCUAUCUGCCUAACAAACAGGUGCUUGGCCUAAGUAAACUGGCCCGAGUGGUCGAGAUGUUUUCUCGCCGGCUUCAAGUUCAGGAGAGACUUACUCGACAAAUAGCUGAAGCCAUUCAAAGCGCGGUCAAACCAGCGGGCGUUGGCGUUGUUGUGGAGGCCUCUCACAUGUGUAUGAGUACACGGGGUGUGCAAAAGAUCCAAAGCUCAACCAUCACGAGCUCAAUGGUGGGUGAGUUCAGAAACAAUCAGAAGACACGCGAAGAGUUUUUGGCCCUCAUUAGACCCAAUGGAAGCAGACAACUCGAUCCGAUCGACACGAUUCUUACGCCACUCUUCGGGCCGUUUGAAGGCCGGCACGUAUCGGCGCACGUGUUUAAACACGUGACACAACAGGUGGCGCUCGUAGUCGUGGCCGCCAUAACCCAGUAG